UUGUCGAGAACCCUCCAUAAGUAUCCGAGUCUCUUGAAUCUGUUCGCUUAUUCUGCUUCAAGAAAUAUUUCCAGUCUCUCCACACUUCGAUCGAUCGCUUCCCUCGUUCGUUCUUGAUUUCUCUGCGCGCAAAGAAACCGAUGGACCAAGACCGGAGCGAGCUGCGAUCCCUUGGGUUCCUCGGCGUCUACGGCGAGACCUCCAAGAUCGUCCUCAAAUGGAGGAAGAUCUUCGCCCAGAUCGUGCUCGCGCUCGUCCUCCCUCUCUGCGCCAUCUACCUCGCCCACUCCUUGGUCUCGCAGCUCCUCGCUUCCAAGAUCUUCGACCACGAGACCACCCGGAACGACACCAGGUACGACGACCCGAGGUACGGGGACCUGUCCCGCAGGCUCAAGAGGGAGUGGGUCGCUUUCUGGCUCGUCAGGCUCGGCUACUUCAUCCUCGCCUUCGUCUUCUCUCUGCUCUCGACCUCGGCCGUAGCCUCAGCGGUGGCCACCAUUUACGCCGCGGCCGAGCAGGUCACUUUCAAGGAGGUCAUGCGCGUCGUGCCCAGAACGUGGAAGAGGCUCGCGGUCACUUUCAUCUGGAGCUUCGUCAUAUUCUUCGUGUACAACGUUGUGGUCGUGGGGCUUCUGAUCGUGUGGGUUGUCGUCGUGAGGCGAUCUUCAGUAGGCGCGGCGCUCGGGAUCGCUGUGGCGGUCGUCCUCUUGAUCUUGUGCGUCAUUGGGUUUGUUUAUAUCACCAUGAUCUGGCAAUUAGCGAGCGUGAUCUCGGUUCUUGAAGACGUGUACGGGAGGAAGGCGAUGGUGAAGAGCAAGAGGCUGAUCAAGGGCAAGAUGGGUGUGUCGGUUGGUUGUUUCCUUGGUGUCCUGCUGUGCUCUGUUCUGGUUCUGGCAUUGUUCGAGGGCCUUGUCGUCUUGGACUUGGUCGAUGGGAUUGGAAUCAAGAUUGGGGUUGGACUGAUCUGCUUGUUGCUGCUGCUGAUGGUGGUCCUUUUCGAUCUGGUCGUUCAGACAGUGAUCUACUUUGUCUGCAAGUCCUACCACCAUGAGAACAUCGACAAGUCCUCCUUGUCUGAUCAUCUCGAGGUCUAUCUUGGAGACUAUGUCCCUCUGAAGGCCAAUUCCAUCCAGCUUGAUCAACUCCAUGUCUGAAUUUCUAUAUUCCCUGUGUGGGUUUGAGAGUUUUCUGCAUCUUAGUUUAAGAUAAUAAAGUUUGCAGCUUGGAAAUGUAUAAAUGUCUGGUAUAUAUCUAUAUGAAAGUGCGCCUUUGACACUA